CAUGUCUUUCUACUUGUUCUUCUUCAACGCGAGGCAUCACUGCCAAUGCCUUCUGUCUGUCUGGGAGCUCUUUUGACUGGCUGAGGGAAGUCCAGGGCUCUCAUGCCGUCUCCGCCUCCUAUCCUCCUAUUCCUCCUCCUCCUCCUCCUCUUCUUCCUCCUCCUCCUCCCUUCGCCUGGCUCGCCUUGACGUGUUCAGGAAUGUGGCUCGCCGGCUGCUGGCCGGAGAAGGGAGGAAAAGAGCCGGGAAAGGCGAGAAGGAGGUCUUCUUCCUCCUCCUCUUCCUCUUUGCUUGGUGUUCUCCCCAGCAUGGUAUCCUCUCUUGGGAUUCGCCCGCCUCUUUAAAUGCCCAGCCAGCUGGUUGCCCACAACAACAAGCCCCAAAAUGCCCGAAGUCCCCGGCAUUGGCGAAUAGGCGAAGACUGGAGGGAAAGAAAAGCAGCUUUGGAUGGGCAGCACGAGGGAACUCUCCAAGGUGCUGAAACCCCGGCUGCUUCCUGCUCCGGCUGAAAGCAGCCUUGGAUGGGCAGCACGGGGGGAACUCUCCAAGGUUCUGAAACCCCGGCAGCUUGAAAGCAGCCUUGGAUGGGCAACGCGGGGGGCUCUCCAAGGUGCUGAAAUCCCGGCCGCUUCCUGCUCUGGCUGAGCAAUCAGUGCAACUCUCCGCUUUCCACCUCGUGUUUCCUUUUCAUGACUCGGAGACAGGCGCCGGCGGCGGGGAAGCGCUGGUAGAUGCCUCCCAAAACCAUGGCCCGGAUUCAGUACCUGCGCGCCGCCGCCGUCUCGGGAUUCUACCUCUGGGAAGCCGCCCUGCUGCUCAGUUUGGUGGCCACAAAAGAAACAGACAGCGCAAGAUCUCGAAGCAUGCCAAUGUCCCCAUCAGAUUUCUUGGAUAAAUUAAUGGGUAGAAUGUCUGGCUACGAUGCAAGAAUCAGGCCAAAUUUCAAAGGGCCUCCAGUAAAUGUCACAUGUAACAUCUUUAUAAACAGUUUUGGAUCCAUUGCUGAAACAACUAUGGAUUAUCGAGUGAACAUCUUUCUCCGGCAGAACUGGAAUGAUCCUCGUCUUGCCUACAGUGAAUACCCAGAUGAUUCUUUAGACUUAGAUCCAUCUAUGUUGGACUCUAUUUGGAAACCAGACUUGUUUUUUGCCAAUGAAAAGGGUGCAAACUUUCAUGAAGUAACAACAGAUAACAAGUUGCUACGAAUUUUUAAAAAUGGAAAUGUUCUAUAUUCAAUCAGACUGACUUUAAUACUCUCCUGUCCGAUGGAUCUCAAAAAUUUCCCAAUGGAUGUCCAAACAUGUAUAAUGCAACUGGAAAGCUUUGGAUAUACAAUGAAUGAUCUUAUUUUUGAAUGGCAAGAAAAUGGUGCUGUACAAGUAGCAGAUGGACUCACUUUGCCACAGUUCCUGCUGAAAGAAGAUAAAGAUUUGGUUUACUGCACCAAACAUUAUAACACAGGCAAGUUUACAUGUAUUGAAGUCCGAUUCCACCUCGAAAGACAGAUGGGUUAUUACCUCAUUCAAAUGUACAUACCAAGUCUCUUGAUUGUCAUAUUAUCCUGGGUGUCAUUUUGGAUCAAUAUGGAUGCAGCUCCAGCCAGAGUUGCUCUAGGUAUAACAACUGUACUUACUAUGACAACACAGAGUUCAGGGUCACGGGCCUCACUCCCAAAGGUAUCAUACGUCAAGGCUAUUGACAUAUGGAUGGCGGUUUGCCUGCUUUUUGUAUUCUCGGCACUUCUGGAAUAUGCAGCUGUAAACUUUGUGUCAAGACAACAUAAAGAACUUUUGAGAUUUCACCGAAAGAGGAAGAAGAACAAGCUUGAUGGAAAUGAAUCAUUGCGGCGUAGCAAUGGCUUGAGAAGUGCAGAACUCAUAGACGGAUCUUUGGCUCAAAUCUACAAUAUAAAUUUAAGGGAUGAUGACAUGAGGGAGAAUCGGUUCAGCUUCACAGGGUAUGGCAUGGGACCGCCAUGUAUACCAGCAAAAGAUGGAGUGGCUCCAAAGGGGCCUAAUAAUCCAACUCAACCUGCACCAAAAAGCCAUGAAGAAAUGAGGAAGGUAUUCAUCGAUCGAGCCAAGAAAAUUGACACCAUCUCCCGAGCCUGUUUUCCAUUAGCUUUUCUGAUAUUCAACAUUUUUUACUGGGUCAUCUAUAAAAUCGUUAGGCAUGAGGACAUUCACCAAAAACAAGAUUAAGAUUUCCAGUUCUGGUGGUACCAUUCAGUGUAUAAAUACUGAUAGGCUCACAAAGGGCACGAAGGGGGGGAAAUCAUAUUUGACUUGCUAUGCGAAGUCAUAAUAGGUAGAACAAUGGCAUCCUAUGAAGAUACAGUACCUGCUACAACAGUGUUUUUACUUGUUAUUAAGUAGAAGUAACCAACUUUUGCAAAGUGAAAUCACAACAUUCUCUAGACUAAACUCUACUGCCAACAGAUUUAUACAUAGUGUUACAUAAUGGGAUAGCAUUCUUUAAUGUUCCUUGCUACAAUUUUUAAUUAAAUUGUAUUUUUAAAUAUAUCAAGAUAAACCCAGAUGUCUUUAGAUAAGUGCCAUAUUAACAAAGAUGCUACUACACUUUUAACUCUCCUUUAAACUUUUUAAGGAAAUAUCUGCCUUGGUCUCGAUUCUGAAAAACAUAGCUGUUGGUUCAAAAGGUUUCCCUUUCAAGCAAUGAGGCAUGUUUUCUAGACUUAAGGACACUGCCAGUGGCUUUUAUAACAAGCACAAGACACAUUUUAGGCUACAUGUUACAAAGAAAAACAUCAUAAAGAAUACUUCAUAGUGUGGCAAUCCACAAACCACUAACUCAGUGAGAUCCCAUGGAUAUUUCUAGUCAUGCUACAGUAGUGUUCUGGAACAAGCAGUGUACUGAAUGCCAGCUAUCAGAAUUCUUGUUUCCCCCAGGUAUUUUUGAGUCCAGUCCUUUGUGAUAGUUGCCAGCCCUGUCACAAAUAACUAUAUAUCAGCUCAGUGAUAGUAUAUAUAUGUGUGCGUAUGAAUAAGAGAGGAAGAUAGCUAGGGAAGCAUUGCAUCACAUCCAAUAACAUUCAACAGAGUAAAGGUCAGCAGGCUAGGCCUGCUGAGUAGAUCCGGCACUUCUCUCUGUCAUGUCGCUUACAUGAUAGAGUAGCCUCAGGUCCUCCGGCGGUUACUAUCACCUUCAAGGCCCCAGAGGAGGGAAAAUUUUUGGAUAAGUCAGAGAAUGAUAAUUAACAUUAAAGGUUUAGACGCAGUGGGAAACUGAUUUAGAAUUAAUUACCUACUGAUAAACAUACUUAGUAAAAAUUGCAUGCCUUUGAGCUCACAAAAACUUAAUUGCACAUAAACAUACUUAAAAUUUGCCUGGAAGUGCUGUCCCUCAUGGUCAAAAAUAUAUAUAAAUGCUUUUUGAGACUUAUUUUUCCAGAUCUAAGCCAAAUUCCAAUGUAUUUUGUUAUAGUAAACAUACCGAAAUACAUCCAUAUUUUUUGUGUCAAAAGAUGUUUGAAAUAUCCCACGAGACUUACUUUUUUUACCAGAUAUUUUCUGGUUGGAACAAAAUAAUAUCCCAAUGCCAAAUACCAAUAGAUAUCUUGGGAGAUUUUUUUGUCUGUGCAGUAAUUUUACAGAAUUCAAGCUACAUGUCAGAAAUUUGGGGCAGUGUCCACUACUAUAUACCUGAAUGAUCUAGAACAGGGCUACUUACAACAUCAUCAGGUGUAGUCAUCUCUGAAUCUUCUCCCCAUUUCUCCCACGGCCUAAACAAGUCCCACAGAGCCUAUCACAUGACUCAAGGCAACUUCCAGCAGGACUCUGUGGGGCUUCAUUUUGGCAGUGUAGAGAAUUGGAGCCCAGAGUGCCAUUUGAGAAGUCAGGUGUUAGUCGACUCUAAAUGGCACAAAGCAGAGGAAAGACGGACCUCUACAGGGAA